GACCUAAAUCGAGUGAGGAUGCUGGAGAGGAUCAAAUUCGGUGCCGAAUGUGUCAGUCUAAGUAUAGUUACCCUAUUCCUCGUGGAGAUUUUGCUCAAACUCUGGGUAUUUGGUAUAGGACUCUACCUUCACAGUCUCAUCGAGAUGAUCGACGCAGCGGUUAUUUUCGUUAGUUUUGCCAUUGACGUGUACUUUGUGGUCACGGAAGUGCGGCGACAUCACUCGGCAUCUUCUCCGGUAGAGCACGGUGCCUUUGCGUCGACCCCAGGCCCCGACAUCCCCCCUGACAGUACCAUCAAGGUUCUUCCGGAGGCCGCCGGCUUUCUUGUUCUUUUCCGGCUGUGGCGUGUCGUUCGAAUCGCCAACGCUGUUCUAGUCUCAGUGUCCACAACGCAUGAGACGAAAAUCCAGGAAUUGAAGGAGGAACGCGACAGAGCAAAAAGGCGUGUGUCCCAGCUUGAGGGUUACAUCCGCUCCCUUGGCGGCGACAUUCCAAGCGACUCCUACCCCCAAUCGGAAUAG